UGAACGCGAGGCGAAGGCAUUUGCCAGAUGGAUGCAUAUAAGAGACGCCUUGGCUUGGCCGUGGGUGCAAUCCGUGAACCAGAACUCCCUCUCGCGCUGUUCCCCCAUUUCCGCCUGCCUCUUGUACUUGAGGCUUUUCCUUGAUUGCCCACACAUGCAGCCCUACCCAAACAGCCCACAGGGGCCUGGAGUCUUCGUGUCACCGGCUCCGGCCGCUCCGGCCGACCCCUCAUGGAGCCAGCCGGCGUACCCUCCCAGUGGCAGCGGCGUACCUCCGAGCGUCGUGGCUGCUCCGACCGGGGCAACGCCCCCGCCGGGGCCAGGCUACCCACCGGUCAGCCCCUUGGCCAUGGGUAGCCAGCCAGCGCCACAUGCUGCGCCCUACCCUCCGGGCUACCAUCCGCAGCAGGGCGAGGCCUAUGCCCUUGGCCCGGUGUAUGUCGGAGCGCCUCCCGUGCAUGAUCUUCAGGCGGAUUCGGUCCCAUCGUCGGGGCCCGAUCCGAAGGCCUACCUGCCCUACUAUGAAACGCCCCAAAAGCGCCCCACCGGCCUGAACAAGGCCUCCUGGGUGGUACCUGUCAUUCUGGCGAGCAUCAUUUUCGUCGGCGGCCUGGGCGUUUUCUUCUUCGGAGUCGCAACGGUCAGGGAAAACGUGUUCAUGGUUGGUGUCGGCCUGGGCAUCAUGGCGAUGGGCCUCGCCAUGGGACUGGGCUUCUUCUUCCUGUUCAGGAAGAUGAACCGUCAGUUUGAGCGUCGACUCGCCUUCGACGCCCAGGCGGCGGACAUCAUCCGCGCCGGUGGCAAGCCCGAUCUGGCGCCCUAUGUUUUGGUGUGCAAGUUCUGUCGCGCGAUUCGCCGUAAUAAGCGCAUCGUCUCUGUGGUGUGCGACCGCCCGCCUCAUGUCCUAGUCCCGCCGACUCUCGCGUGUAUCGACAGCGUCACUGCCUCGCAGAGAGAAGACUUGAUUAUGCAGCUUCGGCAUGGCAACCAUCGGUGAGGGGGUUGCUCUACUCCUCGGCGUGCGAAGCCUGGGAGCAUGCCGCGGGACAGUGGCCCGGCUGUCGACCCUAUUGGCUGCUCCGGGCUCCAGGGGGCAGUUUUCGUGCCCACCAGUCGCCGGCCGCUCUUCCCUCUUGUCCCGGCUAUCGGGCCGCAUGGAAGGUAAUUUGCUUCGUGGAUAAGCCGGCCAGGCAAUGGCGCGCAUGUUGUACGUGUGUGUGCAUGUCCUUCCGAGCCCGUCGGCGCGCCACCACUGGGCCGUCGAGCGAUCCCACGGCCGAGCUCCUUCGGUAGUGGGAGGCCCUCCGUCGCAGGGGACGAUUGCUUCCCCCCUUGCCCGACGGCGAACGACUCUUGCUCAUUCUUGCGCGAGCCCCAGGGCUUUUUUUUUGGGACAUGGACCUCCCAAGCGGCUCGGCUGGAUGCGAGCAAUGUGUCUUCGCACAUCUGUUCACCCAUUUAGAGGAAUACAUUUAAUUGGGUGCCAUGGUUCCCCCCCCCCCUGCC